AUGGAUGCAACGUUCCUUUCCAAAGAGUCCUUUGUUCCAUUCAGUGAACGGUUCUCUGAACGCCAAUUAAUCCAAGAAGGACACUCAAUUGGUGAAGCAAAAGUCUACCACCAAGAGGCGCUCAAGCUCGAAAAAUACAUCGACGAAGCCGUCUGUGGUUUACGUGCAAUUGGUAUGCCAGAACACCGGGUCAAGAAGAUAUUCAAAGAACUAUCCAUGUAUCCUGCUAAAACAAAACACUUGCCAAAAUAUGCUGCUAAUGCAAGAAUCAUCAAGAAUACUAUCUGUUCAUCGCUGUAUUAUAUUGACGGGUUGACAAUGGAUCCACUGUUCAUCUUAAAAAUGCCUAAGGUUAUUCAAGAGUUCAAGGUUGGUGUGAAUAAAUGGGAACCUCUUCUUGAUACAGCUAGCCUUAAAAUUAAAUUCACCGCCAUCAUUCUUACAUUAAUAUGUGCAUUGGUUCGCUUUGACAGCGCUAACAGCAAAUUGUACUGGCUCAAUCUCAUUAUGUACUACCAUUUCUUCCAAAAGGCUUUUGAAGGGCCCUGUUUGGUGCUUGGAGAUACGGUCUAUUGGUUGUUUGUUGAUUUAAAGAGGAGGAUUACGGAGUGGGCAGGUACUGACUUUCUUUGGAGACGAAUAAACGAUGAUGUCGAUUUAGUAUGGGAACACUCUGACACUGCUUCGUUGGCCUUUAUUUGGUUUGUGAUUAUGGUCUUUGGAGCAUCGUUGGUUCUGGUAUUGUGUGGGGCAGUAAAGAUGAUGAAUGAAAGAAUGAAGAAAACACUAAGGAAAGUAUCUGGCUAUAUGUUUCUUUAG